AUGUCAAAAUCCCGAGUUCCAAAUAGUUCAUUCCCGUCAGGUGUCGGUGGUGUCAAUAAUAUUGAGCUGAUAGAUCUCACCGGUAGCGACUUGGACCCAAGCAGUGACGAAUCAAUGUUGAAUGGUAAUAGCAUUAUUUUGAUUUCAUCGUCAGACCCACAUGAGAUUGAUGAUGUUGAUAAUAGUAUGAAGAGUUUUACCAUGACGGGAUCAUCAGUCCUUCGUCACACUCAUGACGAAGAGGGUGAUAGCACUCGGAGUUCCAAUGCGGAAAUAGUUCCAUACUAUGAACGAAUUGAAGACUUGAGUCGAAAAGAGGAGGGAUGUCUUUACCGUUUGAAGGCCAAGCCGUUGAGAGAAACAGCACUAUUUUACGAUCAAUACGAGGAUAUCACGGUCUUGGAAGACCGUGUAGGAUACAGAUGCUUUCAAAAGCCCACCUUUGAUUUAGACAGUGACCAUUGGACUAUUCGUUACAUUUACCUCAAUCAUCGUGAGGUGUCGGGGUGGUAUUUUCUCAAAUACCACGUUACUUGGAAAGAUAUGGACUCUCAAGGACGUGGUCAUUGCUUUGAGUGUGCUCAAAGCAAUAGGUUUGCCGCCAUGGCGCUCCGGUCAUUCCGACAUGCCCUUUACAUCAAGAUAAGAAAUGCUUACGGUGCUAUAAACCUGGUGCACCAACAAUGGUAUUCGGAUUCUGCUUCUUUGGUGUCUUCUGGUUCCGAGUAUCACAGCGAACCUCGGUGGAUGAUAUGCGAGGGCAUCAAUGAUGGUAAAAGUCAUCGGUUUGUCAAUGAGACUCGGUUUGACAACAAGCCAAUGGAGCCUUAUACUUGGACCGACUUGAUUUAUGCCUUUGUCCACUAUACUUACGACUUGAGUGACGGCCGAUUGUUGAUCUCAAACCUUGAUUGCGACGAACAUGGAAGAUUAACUAACAUUGUAUGUUUUGACAAGAACAGCGCUCCACAUCACAGCCGCGACAAUGCUGAGGUGGUUGAUCAGAUUAAAGACGUGUUUAAUCAUUUUGAAGAGCAACAUAGGUGCAAUAUAGUAUGCCAACACCUCGGUAACAUUCCUCUGUAG